AUGGCCCCUAUACACCAGCCCCUGCACCCAAACGCAGCACGUACGCCUCUAGGCAUCCGGAAAAUCCACAUACAAAACCUUGUGGAUCUGCUCAACGCCUGUCUACUGAGAGGCGAGAUUGAGCGUGCAACUCGCGCAUGGUCCAUCCUGAUACGAUGCCGUGAAGUCGACUGGCGGUCGCGAUGGCGCUGGGGCCUCGCGCUGCUCACAGCGUCUCAAGCUAAAGAUGACCUGGACCCCCAGCCUCAGGACAGGGAAGGUGGGGAUAUCUCGAAGUGGCUCCGCGGUCUCCGUGUUUCGGUCCACCAGGAUGAGAAACCCGCCAUCAUGCACGCCCUGAUCCUCCACCUGAUCCGGCAGAAGCAAUACCGCGAAGCGCUCGACGAGCUCGAGACAUACCUCACCUCCUACCCUUACCUCCUCUCGGGACCGCUACAUACCUAUGCGGGCAUGCUGGCUUUCUACCUCGCCCAGCCCCCGGAUCUACGGGGCGAGGGGCUCGGGGCCGUUGCCGAGGGACCGGGCGGAGUUGCGGUCGCAGGGAGGGGGGAUGGCGGGUCGGCUAGCUCAUCGCCCCCGCCGCGGGCGGCCAGCGGGACAGUCCGGGUCGCGGAUGUCAGUCUGGUACGACAGGCGAGGGUGUGGUUCGUCAAGGCGCAGGAUAUAGGGCGGGACGAGGUAGCAGCCGAGUUCGUACGGAUUAUCGAUUCUGCGACAAACGGUACAGGAGCCGACUUAUCGGACGAUGACGAUGACGACGACGACCGCGUCCCGCCGGCACAACCCUCGCUGUACAGCAUGCUUCACCCGGACUCUGAGUCUGACGACCUGGGGGACCCCAUCGACCAGUACGAUUCCGACUAG